CCGUGACCUUUCCUCACGUGUGCCCGCGGCGGCCCGGUCACUCGGUGGAGGCGAGUACAGCAGCCGUCAUGGCAGGAAAAGCCUUUAGGAAGUUUCUUCCUCUCUUUGACCGUGUUCUGGUUGAGCGAUGCGCGGCGGAGACGGUAACCAAAGGAGGCAUCAUGAUUCCAGAAAAAGCUCAAGGGAAAGUGCUGCAGGCCACAGUAGUAGCAGUUGGAUCUGGAGCCAAGGGAAAGAAUGGUGAGAUUCAGCCAGUGAGUGUCAAAGUUGGGGAAAAAGUCUUGUUACCAGAAUAUGGUGGUACCAAGAUUGUACUAGAAGACAAGGACUACUACUUGUUUAGAGAUGGUGACAUUCUUGGGAAGUAUGUGGACUAAACCUGAUGCAGCGUCAGUCAUCCAUUCCACUAAAAUGCUGAAAUUCGUCUUUCAUUGUGUAAAUAAUGUCCUUUAUUUUAUAACAAGCAGGCAUCGAGUCUCUGAAAUAAUGUGUGAGCUCACUGUAAUGAUGGAACACAAAUAAAAACAUGUACAGUCGGAAACCAAGUUGCUCUUGUGUGCGUUCCACUCAACAGUGACAUUCAGAUGACCACCAAGCAGCCUUAAUUAUUCCAGAUAACACCAUUUUAUAUAUCCUUAUCUCUGUACUGAGAUUGUAAAGGUCUUUACAAUAAACUUC